AUGUAUGUCUUGACCACUCAACCAGUCAGUAUACAGAAACUAAUCAAUCUUCAUUAGCCGACCGAAACACCUCAUUCAAUAUGGCAAACGAAUGGAAAUCCUCUUCAACGCAUAAACCAAAAGAACAGCAAAAGAAAACAUCAAUCAAGAAACGCAACCCUUUCGACACCAUUCCCGAAAUCCCCUUGCCAGAUUCCCCAAAGACAUCCAUUGCCUCAACCAACACUCUACAAAAUGAAAACCCAUUCAAUGCCCCUCCUGGUGAUAACGAACCCACAGCCGCAGUCCCUCACAUCAUUGCUCCACCACCCAUGACCAGCAUCUGCACCGACUGGUGUAUAGUAGACGGAGAUACACACUACGCCCGCGACCUCGCCUGGUUCAAGACCUACACGCCCCUCAUCGAAACCGCCGCAGGCCUCAUAAUCCAAGGCAUCGGCACCGUCGAACUCGAAGUGCGCACCAGUCGACAAGACCCCUCAGCAACACGAACCAUCAUCAUGCGAGACGUGCUGCAUAUCCCCGAUGCGGUCUGCAACGCGUUCCAACCCGCUUUUUAUGAGGGCUGUGUGUUGCAUGCGGAUGAUGAGGGCCUCAACUUUUUGGUUGGCAGAGAUAGGGAGGGGAAUGUGUGUUUUCUCGCUGAGGGGGGGAAGAGGUUGAUGCUUAAGGGGAAUGGGGUAGUGGGGUUGGAGGGGAGGGGGUUUUUGGGGAUUGAUGAGAUGGGUGGGUUGGGGGUGCAUCUUUCGAGGGAGGAGAGGGAUUUGUUGUUCCCGCCCAGACGGGCUGUUAGUUAUAUCUAA